AUGCUCAAAGUUCAGUGUAGCGUUAUACAAAUGAUUUUGAUACUUAACUAUCUUUUCAUCGCAUCAUCAACCCUUGGGGAUGAAGCCAAGCUUCGGCGUGUUAUGAUUCUCGAAGAGAAGGAAUGGGAGGCCGGCUUCGUUCCAGCGAGUUUCAAUCAUAUAGGGGCAGAAGGUUGGUGGAUAAAAACACGAAGUCUUCUAGCAGGAGCUGGAUCUCUGCGUGCAUUUUCAGUGGAAGAUUUAAAAGCCCACCUCGGACAUAUGCUCUUCUUGUUUGGAGAAGUUUCACCUCAGCGGUCCUGUCAUAGCUUCAUGCAAUGGAUGCGACAAAAACCUCCAUCUAGGCCCUUUGGUAGCAGAGCCAGCAUAGCUCUCAUUUGCUACAGCUUUUCUGGCAUAAAGAAUUCCACCGACUAUCAAUUGAUCGAUUCAUGGUUGUUUGAUAUGGGGUUCGUCAAUGAUAUGCUUUGUCGUCUUCAAAAGUCGCCCUUGUUCAAAGAUGACAUUAGGUUGGACGAACUGAAAAUUGUGCUCACAAAUCUCGAAGCGAUUUUGUCUAUGGAGGAUGAAUGCUCAUCUUUCAUUCAACCCCAUCCAAUCUACAUCAAAGAUACCGCUCGAAUACAAGCCUAUUUUGAGACAGCAUUUCGAGCGCUUGAACAAUGUCUGCUGUUGGAAAUUUGGGAAAAAUGGCGGAGAGUUUAG